AUGACAUACUGCUAUGUCAUAGAUCUAAGGAUCUCUGAGGCUAUAAAAACUUGCAUCUCAAAACCUCAGAUUUCAGUUGUAGUUCUGUUUAGCCAUGUCUUUCAAAAAAUAAAUAUCCCUGUGUCUUUCGGGCUUGGUUAUCUGGUCACCACUGUGAUCAGAAGAACAUUCAAAACGUUCCUGCCAAGCAUCACAUUUGAAAUUUCAUCGCAGGAUGAGGACCUGGACGACUUUGAUGCCUUCCUCUACAAUCCUUCUCCGGCUGGAGAAGAGAGCGACGAGGAUAGACUUCCCUUCCAGGAAGAGUGGCCGGAUGAUUUUAAUUCAUUUCUCUUUAAUCCUUCUCCGGCUGGAGAAGGAUUGCCCUCAGAGGAACGUCUUUCCUCUUCCUCUGAGCAACAGUGGAACGAUGACUAUGACGUCAUCGACGCAUAUCUUUUCAGGCCUUCCCAACCUGCAAAGAAAACAGAUGAUUUUAGUGACGAAGAGUCUGGAGAAUGGACGGAUUCCUCCUGUGAAUCGUCCUCAACACAGCCAGUCAGCCCAAGCUCAAGUAUGGAAAUACCGAUUUUUGAUUCUUCGACAUCUGAUUCCUCGGAAGAGAUAAUUUGGACUCCGCCUCCCAAGAAGAGAGCCAAAACACCUGCUCCAUCAAAAAGAAUGGAACACCGGUCUCGGAGAGAGACCAAAGUGAAGAGUGAUCGUGAUGGCUGUCGGUAAGACUCCAGGAGGUAAUGGGAGCACGCCGGAGGGCAGACAGG